UCUUGUUUCUUCUUUUAGGUUCACCUGUAUUUGUCGAAAUGGCUCAACUCCUGAAUAGCAUACUCAAUGUGGUAGAGGUGUUCCACAAGUACGCCACAGAGAAUGGGGACUGCGCCUUAUUAUGCAAGGAGGAGCUGAAGCAACUGCUCUUCGCUGAGUUUGGAGACAUCCUUCGGAGACCAAAUGACCCAGAGACUGUGGAAACCAUCUUGGACCUCUUAGAUCGAGACCGGGAUGGACAUGUUGAUUUUCAUGAGUACCUCUUGUUGGUGUUCCAGUUAGUCCAAGCCUGCCAUCGUAAGCUAGACAAUAAGUCACGCAGAGGUAGGACCUCCCAGCAAGAACGGGGACAAGAGGGAGCACGAGACCAUAAGUUCCCAGGAAACACAGACAGACAGAGGCCCGAGGUCCCACAACACAGACAGAGGCCUGAGAAAGAAACGCAGAACUCCCACCACAGUCAGUCUGAGAGACAAGAUAGGGACUCUCACUAUGGUCAGCCUGAGAGACAAGACAGAGAGUCACACCACAGUCAGCCUGAGAGACAAGACAGAGAUUCCCACCAUGGUCAGCCUGAGAGACAAGGCAGAGAUUCCCACCAUGGUCAGCCUGAGAGACAAGACAGAGAGUCACACCACAGUCAGCCUGAGAGACAAGGCAGAGAUUCCCACCAUGGUCAGCCUGAGAGACAAGACAGAGAAUCACACCACAGUCAGCCUGAGAGACAAGACAGAGAGUCACACCACAGUCAGCCUGAGAGACAAGGCAGAGAUUCCCACCAUGGUCAGCCUGAGAGACAAGGCAGAGAUUCCCACCAUGGUCAGCCUGAGAGACAAGACAGAGAGUCACACCAUGGUCAGCCUGAGAGACAAGGCAGAGAUUCCCACCAUGGUCAGCCUGAGAGACAAGACAGAGAGUCACACCACAGUCAGCCUGAGAGACAAGGCAGAGAUUCCCACCAUGGUCAGCCUGAGAGACAAGGCAGAGAUUCACACCAGAGUCAGCCUGAGAGACAAGACAAGGAUUACAGCCUUGAUCACUCAGAAAGACAAAGCCAAGAUGCCAGCUCUGGUGAAAGCCUGAGUCACAAAUCCAGCAGUGGCCAGGCUAAACGGCAGGGACAUAUCUUUGCCUUAAAUCAGUGUGAAAAACCAGUUCAGGAUUCUCAUUAUGGUCAGUCUGAAAGGCUUGCACAACAAUCUGAAACACUUGGACAAGACUCUCGCUUGAACCAGACAAAUCAACAGAAAUCAAGCUCCUAUUAUAGACAGUCUGGGAGGCUGGGUCAGGAAUCAGGCUGUAGUCAAACAGACAGACAAGACCAGAGUUCCCACUACGGUCAGACGGACAGACAAGGCCAGAGUUCCCACUACGGUCAGACGGACAGACAAGGCCAGAGUUCCCACUACGGUCAGACGGACAGACAAGGCCAGAGUUCCCACUACGGUCAGACGGACAGACAAGGCCAGAGUUCCCACUACGGUCAGACGGACAGACAAGGCCAGAGUUCCCACUACGGUCAGACGGACAGACAAGGCCAGAGUUCCCACUACGGCCAGAUGGACAGACAAGGCCAGAGUUCCCACUAUGGCCAGAUGGACAGACAAGGCCAGAGUUCCCACCACGGUCAGAAAGACAGACAAGGCCAGAGUUCCCACUAUGGUCAAAUGGACAGACAAGGCCAGAGUUCCCACUAUGGUCAGACGGACAGACAAGGCCAGAGUUCCCACUACAGUCAGAUGGACAGACAAGGCCAGAGUUCCCUCGGUGGUCAGCCAGACAGACAAGGCCAGAGUUCCCACUAUGGUCAGACGGACAGACAAGGCCAGAGUUCCCACUACGGUCAGACGGACAGACAAGGCCAGAGUUCCCACUAUGGUCAGACGGACAGACAAGGCCAGAGUUCCCACUAUGGUCAGCCAGACAGACAAGGCCAGAGUUCCCACUAUGGUCAGACGGACAGACAAGGCCAGAGUUCCCACUAUGGUCAGACGGACAGACAAGGCCAGAGUUCCCACUACGGUCAGACGGACAGACAAGGCCAGAGUUCCCACUAUGGCCAGAUGGACAGACAAGGCCAGAGUUCCCAGUAUGGUCAGCCAGACAGACAAGGCCAGAGUUCCCACUAUGGCCAGAUGGACAGACAAGGCCAGAGUUCCCAGUAUGGUCAGCCAGACAGACAAGGCCAGAGUUCCCACUAUGGCCAGAUGGACAGACAAGGCCAGAGUUCCCAGUAUGGUCAGCCAGACAGACAAGGCCAGAGUUCCCACUAUGGCCAGAUGGACAGACAAGGCCAGAGUUCCCAGUAUGGUCAAUCACAGAUUGGGGAACUACAAGAGCAAAAUAAGUACUUCCAAGAGACUGAAGGAACAAGACAAGCCUCUUAUGUUGAGCAAUCAGGAAGAUCAGGGAGGCUAAGUCAACAGACUCUAGGACAGGAAGUGUACCAAAAGCAGGGACAGGGAUUCCAGUCUAGGGACUCACAGCAGAUCGGCCACCAGGUGUGGGAGCCUGAAGAGGACAGUCAACACCACCAACACAAACUCUUAGCACACAUCCGACAAGAAGGACCACUUUGUCACAGAGGGAGGGACCGGCAAUUGUGCAGUGGUGAGCAGGGCCACAGACAGGCCCAGACCAGAGAGAGUCAUGGUGAGGGGCAGAGCCACUGGGCAGAGCAAGAGCAGGGUCCUCAAAACUGGGAUAUACACAGCCCUGAGGGUCAGGAAGGUCCAUGUGGAACACAGGACAGGCGAACCCAUGAAGAGCAGAACCAUCAGAGGAGAGACAAGCAAACCCACGAAGAUGAGCAGAACCGUCAGAGACGAGACAGGCAAACCCAUGAAGAUGAGCAGAACCAUCAGAGACGAGACAGACAAAUCCAUGAAGAUGAGCAGAACCGUCAGAGACGAGACAGACAAACCCACGAAGAUGAGCAGAACCGUCAGAGACGAGACAGGCAAACCCACGAAGAUGAGCACAACCAUCAGAGACGAGACAGGCAAACCCACGAAGAUGAGCAGAACCGUCAGAGACGAGACAGGCAAACCCACGAAGAUGAGCAGAACCAUCAGAGACGAGACAGGCAAACCCACGAAGAUGAGCAGAACCAUCAGAGGCAAGACAGACAAACCCACGAAGAUGAGCAGAACCGUCAGAGACGAGACAGACAAACCCACGAAGAUGAGCAGAACCGUCAGAGACGAGACAGGCAAACCCACGAAGAUGAGCAGAACCGUCAGAGACGAGACAGGCAAACCCACGAAGAUGAGCAGAACCGUCAGAGACGAGACAGGCAAACCCACGAAGAUGAGCAGAAGCCGUCAGAGACGAGACAGGCAAACCCACGAAGAUGAGCAGAACCGUCAGAGACGAGACAGGCAAACCCACGAAGAUGAGCAGAACCGUCAGAGACGAGACAGGCAAACCCACGAAGAUGAGCAGAACCGUCAGAGACGAGACAGGCAAACCCACGAAGAUGAGCAGAACCGUCAGCGACAACAGAAUAGACAAAACUAUGAGGAGAAAGAGAGCUAUCAGGGAUCUCAAAAUCAAAAAUCUCAAGUGACCCAGAGAAGCUGUCCUAACAGAGAAAAAUUCUACAUAAAUGAAGACGACCAGAGCCAGGGCUUAUGGGGAAGACACACUGAGCCAGCCUUCUUUCCAACCCAGAGCAGUGGGAAGCCCCAAGGCAGAGAACACCGUGGUCACCCUUCCAAGGCAGCUAUGGCUCCCAACCCUCUCUAUGUCUAUGUGCAAGAGCAGAAAUCCUAUCGGUACUAGUCUAUGUGAGCACCAGAGAUAAAGCAACACAAACCGAAGAAGAAACCUAUAUGUUGAGUUCAUCUUUAAUUCUAUUUAAGAGGUUGAGAAUGUAUUUCUUCCCUCUGUUCUCUCCUGUAUCUUCCUGCAAGGUUGUUUUUGAGGACUAGUACUCACUUGAGGGCUUUCAGUUAUUUGGGCAGCAAUUCUAGGGUUUUCUGAUUCAGCAAAAUCUAGGUGGUAAGUUGGGUGAGACAACCAUUUCUUAAUGUUGAUCAUUUGGGUAUUUAAAUAAUGUCCUGGUUUGCCCUCUGUGUAGAUGAGACCUGAAUGAAUCAUUGAAAGGCAGAACACUUCUCCCUAAAGUUCAGAAACAGAAAAGAUAUCCUGAAGAUUUACAUUGCAACUGAGGAGAGGAAACCUAGGUUUUGGUGAGCUUUGGCUCCUGUGGAUUAAACAUAAGGAAUUUCAAGCUUCAUAAUCUAGACUAGAGAGAAACUCAGCGCGAGGCUGCUAGGAGAGCCAGAAACACAGAGUGCAUCGCUGAUCUUGACUACAUGUCCCAUGCCAGGCUGUCAUUCCAUACCAGAGGCACUGUCCAUCAGUGCCUACCAUUAGAGCUGACUAGACCCAUUCCACCUCAAUGCCUCAUGGUUUCUGAUUAUAUAAAAUAGAAAGAAUAUGUCAUAUGUUUGCAAAUUCCAGGGCAUCAAAAUUGUCAAUCCAUAGCUCCUAAGACCUGAAAACUCUUUCAAGAUAAUCUAUGUGCAGACUAUGGAAUUGUAUUUAAAUAUCCAAUAAAUAAUUGAUGAGCAAUGAC